AUGACUAACAGCAGCCGGGGUCUGUCGCCUGUGUUGCCCCUCACGAGUUUUGGCAAUGUGUUAAUGUUUCUUUUCAGCAUCGCGCUGGCUACAGCUAUCAUUUUCCUCAACAUGUCAGUAUUUCUCUCAAUUUUGUUGAACCAGUCGCUGCGCGGUGAGAACCGCUUCAUGUACAUGCUGAGCACCUGUUUCAGUGACAUUUGUUCAGGUGUGACUUACUACUAUGCAGGUGUUCUCGAUGUGAGGGAUAGCUACAAUUCCCCUACGAGAACUUUCUACAUAGGACCCACAUUUCUAGGUCUGUCCUACAUGGCCAUCCUUGCUGCGCAGGCGGACAGGUACCAUGCAGUCGCGGCGCCUUUUAAAUACUCUCAGCGUAUGACCCGAAACAGGACCCUGGCUGUCAUCGUUGCCUACUGGGUCUAUGCUUUCAUCAUUGUGGCUGUCAACAAUCUGGUCACAGUUGGAGUAGCCAAAGCAGUGACUGGCAUCGGUACGUUCGUGGGAAAUAUAUUUACAGUGAUUAUUAUGAUAGGGUUGAAUAUUAGACUGUUUUUAAUAGCCAAGUUCCAGCUGCAAAGGGAGCAGCCCUCUGCAGAGAGAGACAGCAAGCGCUCAUCCGUUCAUCUCAUUGUUGUGGUGGCUGUGUUUUUCCUGGGGGCAUGGCUGCCUAUAUUCAUUCAUAUUAUAGUGUGCAAUUUUGUUGGUUCAACGUGUUAUUCAUUUAAGAAUGAGGGCACCGACCCUCUUCGCAUUUUACCCCGAGUUAACGCUGUCCUGACCCCGCUCCUGUAUAUCAGAGGGUGCGCCGCGCUCAGGGCGACGCUGUUUACCAAAGUUUGGGGACCCUGCUGUAGACGGAGGUAA